CCAUCAUCACAGCUAUUGAAGUCAAGAAGCAUCUGCAGUACCUUGUCGCGCACAAUCACCCGUUCUGAUAAACUCGAGAUCUUGCCGACUCAUCUUCGAAACACGUAAUUAGUAAAGGUCACAAGACAAUGCGACCAGGCGCCAGAAACACUGUGGAGCGGCUCGACAGGCCGAGCGCCUACUACCAGAACCGCAACAAGAGGAGACGCGAUCGCGAUGACGAUCAUAAUGACCAACCUGCAGAGCCCCAGGCUGACCCUCUAGCCAACGCCACAACACUCUAUGUCGGCAACCUAUCCUUCUACACAACCGAAGAGCAGGUCUAUGAACUUUUCGCAAAGUGCGGCGAGAUCAAGCGCCUGGUCAUGGGUCUCGACCGCUUCAACAAAACGCCUUGCGGUUUCUGCUUUGUUGAGUACUACACACACCAGGACGCCCUCGACUGUCUAAAGUACAUUGGCGGCACCAAGCUUGACGAGCGCAUCAUCCGUACCGAUCUGGAUCCCGGCUUUGAAGAGGGACGUCAAUAUGGCCGUGGCAAAUCUGGUGGUCAAGUUCGCGACGAGUACCGUGAGGACUUCGAUGAGGGCAGAGGAGGUGUUGGCAGAGCGAUACAAGCAGAUGAGCGAGACGAGUACGCUGAGGGGAAGUAGUUGGGCAGUAGGGAAGCGGCGGUUGUCCCUAACGUGUGAUUAGGGACUCGAUACCCUUAGAUUUUCAAACACAUAGCAUUCGAUAUUUGGGAAAAUAGCUGCA